AUGUUUGUUUUAGCAAAAAUACCAUUAUCCAUGAAGAGCGGUAGUGCUUUAAACAGAAAAGAUCAAAGAAAAUUGGCAAGAAAACAGAAAAAACAAAAAAGGCUGCUUUUUUCAAAGAAAAAAAGAAUUUUUAAAAAGCAAAACAGUUCUUUUGAAAGGAUAAAUCAUACUACAAAGGGGAAUCUAAAGAAACGGAGUUUAGACGAAGACGCAAAAUGGGAAAGGAAGGGAAAGGGAGUACAAUACAGUAGGAAAAAGUUAAAUGUUAAACCAAAAGAACAAACAUUAUCACUACAUAAUGACAAGAAAUAUGAUAUAUAUGCCGAACAGGAAAAAGAUGAUUUAUUAUUAUUAUACUUAUCGAAAAAGUUGAAGCUUAACAGUAAUAGAAAUAAUAAUAAAAAUAAUGAAGAAAAACUUUUUAAAGAUUUAGAAAAAGAUGGAUUUGACUCAAAUUUGUUAAAAUUAACGGAUGUAAUAUUUAGCGAAUUUCAGAAAAAUUAUAAAAACAAAGACGAGACGAAAAAAAAAGACAAAAAUAGUGGUAAACAAAAAGAUAUAUUGUUACGUGGGACAAAAAACAAUCAGGAAAACUCAGCUUCGGGUGAAGGUGAUGUAACUAAUGAUAUAGUUAGCUCAGUAAUAAGGGGCAAUACAGAAAUAAAGGAAAAACUUAUUAGUAAGAAAAGGAAAAAGGAAGGAGGAGCGAAUCAAGUAAGAGAAAUAUACGAUGAUGAAGAAGCAAAAGAUGAGAAAAAAAGAAAAAAAAAAGGCAAAGCUAAAGCCGCAUCAAAAGGUAAAACUAAAUGUACGGACAAAGUAAAGCAAAAACUAGGAGAAAUGGGCAUUUCAAAGGGGGUGAGAAAUAAAGAAAUGGAAAUCAUAAAAAAUUCAAAUGAUAAACAGGUUAAAAAAGGAACACAUGAAAAAAGGAAAGAAAUUGUGAAAAUAGAAAAACAGAAAAAGAAAGAAUUAUACCCCUAUUCUGAGGAAGUGAAAAAAAUGGAUAAAUUUCUUAUAAUUUCUCUGAAUAAAACAUCAGAAUUUAAUAUAAAAUGUAUUAUACAAGAUAUUUGUAAAUAUUUUCAUGAGUUAAAAGAUUUGAAGUUAAAAGUUACAUUUAACGAAGUUUUAAUAAAAAUUAUAUCAAAUCAUUUUAAAAAUGUAAAUAUUACUGAUACACAUAUAUGUAUAUGUGUAAUAAUCAUAUGUAUUUUAAAUAGUCUGAUAUACCAAAAUUUGAUGAAGGACUUUUUUAAUACAUUAACAGGUAUUUUUAAAUAUUACUAUGAGAAUAAUAUAACUUUGAUGAAGAAAAUUGAGAGAGAAAAUGAAUUUAAUAGUAACAACCCAAAUAUUCUCCAUAGGGGAAAAAAUGAUACAGAUACAGCAGUUUUAAAUUUAAACGAAUUGUAUAAAAGGGGUGCUAAUCCAGAAUACUUGACUCAUGAGAAGGAGAAAAAUAAAAUGGAAAAUAGCAUAACUAGUAAAGAGGAAUAUGAGAAAUACGAAAAUUUGAAAAUUAUUUUUAGAAAUGUACUGAAAUGUAUUAGCAUGUUUUAUGCAUUAAAUUAUUUAGAUUUUGAUUGUAUAACUGAUGUAAUUAAUAUAUUGUGUGAACAGAUGAGUGUUAACAAUGUAGACAAUAUUAUUAUCAUAUUAAAGAUUUGCGGUAUGAAACUGGAGAGCGAUGAUAUUUCUCAUCUAAAUUACGUUACAGAGUACUUAAAAAAGCAAAUUGACCUCUAUGUGACUAAUAAUAAUAUAUAUAUCGAAAGAAGUAAACUUAGAUUUUUGAUUAAAGAUAUAGAUGAUUUAAAAAGGGGAAAAAUGAAAUUUUACUUUUUAAAUAAGUUUGAGUUCCUUUUUAGUGUUUUAAAAGAAUUUGAGUGUAAAUAUAACUUUAAAAGGAAGGUUUUGUCUUUCCCAUUCCUAAACGUUUUCAAAAGAGCUAAAUUCAGCAGGGGAAUCGGGAGCAGCGAUAUGAAGGAAAAACAACAUACGCCGCAACAGAAGAUGAAGAAGAAGAGGGAAAACAAAAUUGAAAAGCAAGAUCAUCUAAAUAAAGUAGAGAGCCCCCUCGAUGUUAAAGAUGAUAAGACAACUAAUCUAAAGAAUGUUGAAGCACUUGCCAUAGAAGGAAAAUUUCACAAACUAAACUAUUUAAUGGUUGCGGACGAAGAGUAUUUCAACCAAUCGUAUUUUAAUAAAUUGUUAAAAAAAUAUAAAAUUCAAGGUAUCUUACCAAAAAAGAUAUUUUUAAUUAUUAAAAAUAGUUUAGAUGUAGAUGAAUGUGUUCAUAAUUUAUCUCUAAUUUUAAAAGAAAAGAAAAAUAUUCCUUAUGUUAUUCAAACAGUAAUUCAAACGCUCUUAUAUGACAACAAAUUCAAAGUUGCCUAUGCAAGAAUAUUAAGUAGUAUUUCUAAUUUUAAAAAUAGGGUAUUUUUAUUUAGCCUAAAAACUAUUUUCAUUAAUUAUGUUAAAAAUAUUAAUAAUUAUGAUUUAAAAAAGGUCCUUUUUUUAAGCAAAUUAUUUAUUUAUUUAUUAAAAGAAAAGUUAUUAAAUUUUCAAAUUUUUAAAUUCAUUCAAAUUGAUGAGGAAGAAAAAGUAAAGACUAUACAAGAACAAAAUUAUUUCAACACCUCUUUUUUUUUUAAAACAAUUUUUAUACUAAUUUCGCUGGACGAUAAUUUUGACGACAGAACCUCCAAUAAUGAGUUGUGGAAUCAUAUUUUUGAAUGUAUACUAAACAAAGGGAUAAAUUCUUCUAUAACAUAUUCCUUUAAAGGAAUUAUUAACAAAUACAUAUUUGAUGAGGUAGAAAACAUACUGUGCGUGUACCCAAAUUUUCAAAUAGAAUAUAUUCAAAAAUUUUACAAUUUUUUAGAGAAGCAGAAAAAAUAA